AGAUGGGACCCUUUAAACACACAGUGGACGAUGGUCUGGACAUAAGGAAGGCAGCGUUUGAGUGCAUGUACACACUCCUGGACAGCUGUCUAGACAGACUAGACAUCUUUGAGUUCCUCAACCACGUAGAAGACGGACUCAAGGACCAUUACGACAUCAAGAUGCUGACGUUCCUGAUGCUGGCUAGACUCUCCACUCUGUGUCCCAGUGCUGUGCUACAGAGGCUGGACAGACUGGUUGAGCCGCUACGCGCCACCUGCACCACCAAGGUGAGACCAGACACACGGUCCCUGGUAUAGGACCAUUCAGAGACCAGACACACUG